GCAUGCGGUUGGUAGAAGUGACGUGAACACUUGUUGGGAAAGUCGUGUUCAAAGAAGCUCAGCUGUUUCGCACAGUAAGCGGGACAUGGCUGCAACUUCGGCAAUGAUGGGAGUUCUACCGUUCCUGUUAGACAUACUGUCCAUGGUCCCCGCUGGAGCUCAGGUGUUUUCUCUGAGUGACAUGUAUGGCACCAUCAACUCUCCGAACUUUCCAGAACCCUACCCUAAAGAGGCCGAGGUCCGCUGGAACAUCAGCGUUCCCGACGGGUUCCAAAUCAGACUUUACUUCCUGCACUUCGACCUAGAACCCUCCUACCUCUGUGAGUACGACUACGUCAAGGUGGAGGCUAAUGGAGAGGAGCUGGCAGCGUUCUGUGGGCGCGAGGACAGCGACACAGAGCAGGUCCCAGGAGAACAGGUCAUAAGCUCCCCUAGGAACUCCCUCAGUGUCUCCUUCCGGUCCGACUUCUCCAAUGAGGAACGCUUCUUGGGCUUUGAGUCCCACUACAGCGCUAUCGAUGUGGAUGAGUGCAGGGACAGGAACGAUGAGGAUCUGGCCUGUGACCAUUUCUGCCACAACUACAUCGGUGGCUACUACUGCUCCUGUCGCUAUGGCUACCUGCUGCACUCUGACAACAGGACUUGUCGAGUGGAGUGCAGUGAUAAUGUGUUUACCGAGCGGUCGGGGGUGCUCUCCAGUUCCGACUUCCCCAACCCCUACCCCAAAAGCUCCGACUGCCUGUAUCACAUCGAGCUGGAAGAUGGUUUCCUGCUCAGCCUGGAGUUCGAUGACACCUUCGACAUUGAGGACCACCCUGACGUCACCUGUCCCUACGACUAUGUCAAGAUCCAGGCGGGAGAGAAGGAGUACGGUCCGUUCUGUGGUGACCGGCCACCAGGCAGGAUCCAGACAGAGAGCAACAAGGUCCAGGUGUUCUUCCACAGUGAUAACUCUGGAGAGAACAUCGGCUGGAGGCUCUCCUACACCUCCUCAGGAAGGAGUCAGUGUCCUGUCCCUGUGAAGCCCCUCUAUGGCCAGCUGGAUCCGGUCCAGAUCCAGUACUCCUUCAAAGACCACGUCCUGGUAUCCUGUGACCCAGGAUACAGACUGAUAAGGGUGAGACUGACAGACAGGAUGGAGAGGAACUCGAGCACUUUCAGAUCGAGUGUCAGAAAGACGGCUCAUGGAACAGCUCUGUCCCACUUUGUAAAAUGGUGGAUUGUGGGACUCCUGGGGAGGUUGCCAUGGGUGAUGUCAUCUUCGAGAGCCCCGGCAACAGCACCCUGUUCGGUUCUAUAAUCCAGUACACCUGCAGGGAGUCCAUGUACCAGAUUCACCCCAAGAUCAACAAUUACCCGCAAUCAUGAAACAACAAGGAGUUAAGACUAAAGAACUGUCAGAAAAGCAAAUAAACCUUUGUGCCCGUCAAGACCUGAACCCACUGGUUCACCAGCUAACCUCUAUCAAGACACCCAUGUCGACUGGAUUCCCACUGUGAAGAUGAGCAAUGCUGCAGCAGUUUACUACUGUGAAAGAUAUGAAAGGAGACAUCCCUCAGUUACACAAGAUGGUUGUAAUAUGCUGUGCUUUGGUCAAUCUAAAUGAUUAUGUUGUGCCAUUUGAGUACAAAGCACCUUUACAUGGUCGUCAUGACAAAAGUGCCCCCUUAAACUGUAUGAAUAUAUAAAAUGUAAUUUGGAACAACAUGUAAAAGACUAUUGUUUAUGAUAUUGUAAACAUACUGUACUUCAAUAAUAGGCUAUAUUGUUGUAUGGGUGAAAUGAAAAUUAUUUUGUGUGUCAUCUCUGCUUUGCCAUUCCCCAUUGAAUAAAAUGUAUUUCUUAUAGCCUAA